AUGUGUCAACAAAAUUUCGGGUUUUUGUGUUGCACACUUUUUCUGCUCAUUAUUUCGUCAUCAAAAUCUCAACAAAAUUUCACCAACAAUGAAGAGAAAGGUGAUAAUUUGACAGUACGAAACGAGGAAGACACAGAUUCUACAACAAAUUAUAACGACGAAAUGAUAAUACUUCGACGUGAUUUGCAUAAAAAGUUAAUGAAUAAUACACAAAAUGACAUAGAAUUUUAUUCGAACGACAAUCACGAGGAUAAUGAUUUGAUUCAAUAUAAACGUUACAAGCAUUCAAUGCAGAAUAAAUAUGAUGGGCAAAAACCGAUGAAAUCUAACACGAAUUCGACAAAUGUCAAUCAUAAAAGGAAUUUCACGCCGCAGGAAUUUUAUGAAAAUGUAAUUGAAAAGAAUGAUUCUAUGUCACUUGAAGUCUUCAAAAAUUCCAGCAAAGAUGCUAAUGAAACUGUCAUUGUCCCAAACGAAAUGUGUCAUAAUGAUACUUGCAUUCGGCUCUGCUGUUCUCUUGGCGAUUGUCUGGUUGAUGGCAACUGCAUUCCUGUAGAAUUUGAAUACACUUUUCCAAAGGUAUACACGAACGAUUUGACGCAGAGCGAAAAGAGAGUGAACGAAUCGUUUGACCUGGCUAUUUAUGAUUCGUGCCAGGAAGAUUAUAAUCUGCUUCCUAAACGUUUUCAGUACGAUUAUAAGAUAUUUACCAACGGUUCUAUAUAUUUACCUUAUUAUGAAAUAUUUGUUGAAUCGUCAUCAUAUUGUCUCGCCGUCGUCGACGGGAGUGAAUUCCAAGUGAUCUACUGUUCCAAAACUUAUGACAAGAUCAAGAAGAAAGCUGAUAAUGAGUAUAACAUACAAAUUAUAUAUCUGAGUUUCUAUAUAGUAUCUAUAUUACUUUUGGGGUCAGUAUUUCUGGUGUAUUCUAUAUUACCAGAACUCCGAAAUGUACACGGCUUUAUGUUGCGCAAUUACAGCGGUGCCCUGAUUGUUGCAUACAGCAUUUACAUUGUGAUUAUUAUCGCAACGGCUGAUAUACCGUAUUCUGUUUGCGUUACAAUAGCUUUUUUAAACUACUUUUGCUAUAUGGCGAGUUUCUUUUGGUUAAGUAUAAUGAGCUUUGAUAUGUGGUGCACAUUCAGAAAAUUAUGUUCGUUACAAAGAAACGUCAGACAGAGAAAAAGAAAGUUGAUAUAUUAUACGAUCUUUGCGUGGGGAUGUUCCUUUAUGCUUGCUAUUUUUUGUGUCAGCAUGGAUUUUCUUUCCAAGUAUGUAAAUGUACCACCGAUUUGGACAGAUACGUUUGUCUUGUAUUUUUAUGGGCCCAAAAGUGUCUGCAUUAUUAGUAGCGUUUGCUUAUCCAUCUCUACGGCACAGAAAAUUAAACGUUACAAGAAGGAUACAAUUGUUCGUCUGACAGAUUCGGAAAGCAAACGCUAUAAUGAUAAUAAGAAAAGGUUUAAUUUGUAUCUGAAGUUAUUUAUUAUGCUGUUUGUCGCGAUGGGUAUAAAUUGGUCCGUUAGAACAUUGUCAUUGUUGGUUGGAGAUAUAUACAUUUAUGUCGAGUUUACUAUUCACUUAGUAGACAUCGUGCAGAAUCUCUGCACCUUUAUUGUAUUCAUAUGUAAAAAGAAGAUCAAGUUGAUGUUACUGAAGCGAUUUGGAUGCGGUUUACACGUUCGACAGACGACUGUAACAUCGAGCACCACCACGUCAGAAGUGACUAUGCAAGACAAGAAUUCUUACGCACAGGAUAACUGUCACGUUAAAAGUUCACCCAGUGGGACUGAACUCUGA